AUGCUCUUUAUUAGACCUUCCAAGACGAUAUCCCUGGGUUUUGAGAAUAAUAGUCUAGAUUAUGAGCUACCACAACAACAGCAACAACAUUCGCACUCACAAGAACAAGAUACAUCGAAUAUGGUCCAUGGUCAUGAAACAAUAAUGGAGGCAACUACGAAUUUGAAUGAAUUGACACUCUCUUCUUCAUUGACUUGUGACGAACGUAUGGAACAAGAACGCUACGACUCAUUCCUCAGUCAACAAGCAUCCGAUUCUGAUGAUGAUGAAGAGCAGCCACCACCGCCAUCUCCACAAAAGGACGACGACGAGGAGGAGGAGGACGAUGAUGAUGUGGUAGUAGAUGUCGUACAUGAAGAGCAACCUCAACUUCCCUCUGCAACAGCUGACGCUAUGGAGACUUACUGCAAUAUAACCGAAAACAUUUACUGUGGAUCAGCUACUGGCAAGUCAAUUGCAGAAGAGAGUAUGCCCUGCGAAUGUAAAUACCGGCCUGAUAUCGACAACCCAGACGCAGCGUGUGGCGACGACAAUUACUGCAUCAACAGAAUGAUGUUUAUGGAAUGUAUGGUCGACGAUUGUCCCUGUGAUAGAUAUUGCCGUAACAGACGCUUCCAAUUACGGCAGUAUGCACGCGUUGAUGUCAUCAGAACCGAUAAAAAAGGCUUUGGAUUGAGAGCAUUGACGGAUUUACCAACAAAUGCAUUUAUCAUGGAGUACAUUGGCGAAGUCAUCCCAAAUCACGAAUUCAUCAGACGAACAAAAGAGUACGAAGCUGCUGGUUUGGAGCAUUAUUAUUUCAUGACACUGAAAACCGAUGAAAUCAUUGAUGCAACAAAAAAGGGCUGUCUGGCAAGGUUCAUCAAUCAUUCUUGUAAUCCCAACAGUGUGACACAGAAAUGGGUUGUUGGCAAAAAUAUGCGAAUUGGCAUCUUCACUCGUCGUCCAAUUAAGGCGGGUUCAGAAUUGACAUUUGAUUACAAGUUUGAACGUUAUGGUGCCGUAGCUCAGAAAUGUUAUUGUGGUGAAGCGACAUGUAAAGGCUUCAUUGGUGGUUCCAUGAAGAGCGACACUGCGAAAUCCUCAGCAACAGUAUCGAGCGAUUUGAUCCUGGAUCAAGACGAUGAAGACGAAGACGACGAUGACGACGACGACGACGAUGACGAUCCAAAUAAUGACAUGAUGCAAGAUGAAGGACAGACACAGAGCCAGAAAUCCAUGGCAGAAGCAGUGACAUUGACGCAAAAGAAAAUGCUGCGAAAAAUGCAUCGACGUCGAGCAUCCGAACCAUUGCAAGAUCCUCGCGAAGUACAGUCGUUUGUCAAACGUAUGCUGGAUUCUGUUGGAAAAUCACACCUUGUCUUGAAAUUAUUACUGCGACUAGAGCUCACGGAUUCAGAUACCCCACAAGGAAAAGAUGUGUUGAAAAAGUUUGUGCGUCUUCAUGGCCUCAAGAUGCUCAAAUUCUGGCUAGGUGAAUGGAAAAGCGAUCCUGUGAUACUGCUCAAAGUAUUGCAGGUCUUGUCCAAGCUACCGUUGGCCAACAGAAAUGGUUUGGAGGAUUGCAAGAUGCUAGAAAUCGUUGGAAAACUAUCACAGCAUCAAGAUGAAGGCAUCAAAAGCCUGGCGACGCAGUUGUUAAUUGAUUGGAGUUUGCUAAAGAGUGUGUACCGUAUUCCCAAGCGCAUCCCCACGGAGCCCACUUUGCGACGCAAGAGUGAAGCAAACGCCAAAUGCAAUGACGAUAAUGACUCACAGAUAUCAGCAGACGUGCCACCACCGCGGUACGAUUCAAGCAGAGAGUUUUUUGAUCCAGACGACGAUUAUUUCGAGUAUUUGCCCAUGGAUGUGGACGCUGCUGAAAUUCAAUGGAAGAUGGAAUACCCACCACAAUCAGCUAUCCCAACAGCACCUAAAGCCAUGAUUGAUGCAUGCAUUAAAAAUGGAUUUUAUGGCUAUGGUGGCCGGCCUCCUCGAUCUUAUUCCCACAACGAGCCAUCAUCUAGUGUGGAACAGCAGCAGCACGAAGAGAUGUACAAUCCUUACAAAAACAAGUACGACUCACCCUUCAAUGCUUCAUCCCCAGCUGCCUCUGUCUCCACAACCUCUGUCUCUCAAAUACCUACCAAACCAGCAGGACAGAUAUCACCCAAAUUACCGAAUAACUGGAAAUCAGCUUAUGCAGAAGAUGGCGCCAUUUACUACUAUCACCGUAUCACAGGAAAAACACAAUGGCAGGUACCAGAAGAACGAGUGAGCUCCAUUGAAGGUGUGAAUCAGUCGGAUUUAGAGGAUCUUGUUGAAAAAACGAUUCAAGAAACAGAAAACAAAAAAAAGAAGCGCAGUGCAAGUCCAGCAGGAUCCGUCACGACGGCGAGCACACCUCGUAUUAUUACACCAUCAGCGAGCAGAAAAGGCUCUCCAGCAGUGUCGAGUUUAGACGAAACCGAACUCAAGAAAGAAGUGGGCAAAAUUGUGACAAAGUACCUGAGCUCAAAGCAAAAAAAGCUGUGGAAUGGGGACAAGCACUUGUUCAAGGAGUUGGCGAGAAAGACCACACAUCAUAUCGUUGAGAGAGAAAUGAACUCGAAUCGAAAAAUCCAAUCCAUGAACAGCAGCGUCAAAUCAAAGAUUGAAAAGUUUAUCGAUGCACAUGGAGCGGAAUUUGUGAUCAAGGUACAACGCAAGAUGAAAUCAAGCAAAGGGAAAUCAACAGAGAGUCCAUCCAGUGUGAUUUCAGAAAAGAUGGCAACGCCUAUGGAGGUGGAUAUACCUACAUCGCCUGUCUCGACGAAACAUGAAGCUUCACCACCGCAAGAUCCUCCUCCUUCUCUUCCUCUGAGGUCUACGAAUACGAAUACGAAUACGAAUACGGACAUGCCUUGUACGAAUACAGCAGCUGCAGCCACUACAACCAAUUCGGCUAUAACAACUGCAGCAGCGACGAAACCAGCAUCUCCUGCUCCAACCACAACUGCCAAUGCUGCUACCACGUCGACCACUACAUCAGCGGACUACCACGUGGAAGGCAACAACAGCAAGCCCAAGGAAGAUGUCUAUUAUCGUCGCAGUAAUGGUAACAGAUCGCCACCGCCUUAUCGCUACGAGUAUGUCCGACCAGGCUAUACUCGACCCUCACCUUAUUAUCACAGCAACAGCUAUUACCGUUACGCACGUCCACCCUCACCUUAUUAUCGAAGCAAUCGCUAUAGAAGAUCACCCCCACCUCCUUUUUAUCGUCAAAAUUCAUCACGACGAGGUUCCUUAUCAGACGAUGAAAUGGAUAGAAGAAGAUGGGAUUAA